AUGAAGUUCCCUCAUGUGUUCUCACUAGCACUUAUAGUUGUAGAUGGUGGAGUUACUCUCUGGGAAGGCAAAGGAGAAGAGAGAUGCACCGGAGUAUCCUCAAAGUCUGUGGGCGACUCUGUCCUUCUCACCCUCUCCGUCUUACCACCUGGCGGCAAACUCGGACUCAGGUACUACGUCAAACAUAAUGGAGAGUGGAGGGCUUUAAACAACGGGUUUAAUCUCGCCAGGUAUGAAGAACUCCAAAAAGCAGCAGACGCUGCAAAAGCUGCCGAGCUAGAAGAGGAAGGUGACUCAGACUAUGAUAGUGAUGAAGAAGGAGACUCCGAAGGAGACGGGGAUGAAGAGGUAGAAGAAGUCGAAGAGGAAGAGCUUACUGAGACACAUGUACCUCACCUAUAUGAAGCUUCCGAAAAUGGAGGUACAGGAGAAUAA